AUGGGGCGGGAGGCUGAGGCUGCGCGCCCGCCGGGGCUUCUGGGGCCCCGGCGGCGGCCGUCUCUGCUGCUAUCCGCUCGGGCUCUGCCUGUUCCAGCCCACGCAGCGUCUCCCUCUGCGUCUGCUCUUCGGAAGCCCUCGUUUUCUUCCGCCUCCUCUGCGCCUGUUCACUCGCCGCCUGUGCGCGCAUAUCGUUCGUCGCCUGGAAGCGCCUUAUUCGGACCGGCGUCCUCUUCCGCUGUUUCUUCGCCCUCCUCGUUUUCUUCAUCUUACUCGUCUUCUCUAUGGCAGCGCGAGUCUCCCUCUGGCGCCGGAGACUUCCACCGGCGCCUGCGGAGAGCGGAGCUGACUGACGAGACUCAGGGCGACGACGCACGAGGCUUCGAGAGCGAAGAGUCAUUGUCAGAAGACGCGCACUCCCACAGUCCGGGGGCGGAGAGCGAGGAAGAUGACAGCGAAGGAGAGGGAAGACUCGCUUCUGGGGAAGACCAAGAGGACGCGGUCUACAUUAGCGAAGAGGAUCUGUCCUUCAGCGGCAGCGACGCAGAAGUCGACCGAAGCCACACCAGCGACGCGUACGAAGAGGAAGACGAGUGCGUCGUGGGCAGUGUCGCGCCUCCGCCAGGCAUUCGCAUCGUCGAAUCUGCUGUGCAUGCCAAUUCCUCUCCCGCGCCUAGUCGCCUUGGCGAGGCGAAACAGAGGGCGCUCGACUUGAAGAGCUUUGCAUCGAAGCACGUGACGCGCUCAGCCAGCGCCUAUGACACCACAAAAGCUGUCUCGUCGUCGCAUCACGCGUCCGCUGCGGCGCUCACUCGCCUACCCGGUGGCGAGCCCCCGUCGCGGCGCGGCGCGCGGUGUUCCUCUCUCUCUGAGUCCUUGUCUUCUUCGUCUCUCUCGUCUCCUUCUUCUGCGUCAAGCGAGGCUUUUCCGUCUCCCUCUAGCGCAUGCAACAGCCGCGCUUCUCCGCCAUCGGCUUCGCCACGCGUGAAGCCCCUGCGGUCGACUCCUCAGCCCUUUCUGACUUCGGCCUGUAUGGAGUUCCCAUUCGGGUCUGUCGCCGCGGCGUCCAUCCCUUCGUCACCUUCCUCUCAGUCCUCUCGCGCUUCGUCGCUGCUGAUGUUUCCGUCCUCUUCUUCAUUUGCAGCUGCGCCUCGCUCUCUUCGUCCCUCUUGGUGUGCGUCUCUCGCGUCGCAGCAAGACGCGCUUUCCGCGCCUCGGCGUCCUCGCGUGCGUUUUGUCGACGCGUCGACACACGCUGCAGAUGCGUCAGAAGACGCCAAGGCUGCCAGCGAGUUCGCGACGCUGCCCGCUGCCCGCAACAGAGCCUCGGCAGGCGAGCGCAACGAACGCGCUGAGAGCUCCAGGGCGAGCAGCCCAGACGCAAAACCGAAGAGCCCGGUUGGCAGAGCGAGGGAGGAGAGCACGGGACGGCUGUCGCGGCUCCUGUCGCGGGAAAAGAAGUCUGACGCCAGCGGAGGGAAAGUGACGGCCGCCGACGCGGGGAAGGACGCGAAGAGCGAGGUGGAGGACGACGCCUCCGCCCCGCUCAAGGCGUCGGAUUCCAAGCGGAACCGCCGGUCGCUAUCCAGCAAGGCGAUGAAGGACUUGCUGCGCCGCACUCUGUCGCUCGGGAAAAACAAAGUGAAGAACGAGGGUGACGCCGAGAAAGAAGACACCACGUGGCGCGCUAAGAGUGGAAAAGAGGAGGACAAGAAGGAGAUCGCAAACAAAGGCGCCCUGGAAAGCGAGCACAGUGCGCUGCCGCCAGAGCCGAGGCGGGAAGACAAAAGUCUCGAGCGGUUACAGAGCGACAAGAAAGAUGAACACAAAAAUGAAGUUACGCAGCCAAAGGCGAAAGCGGACUGGGGCGCUCCCCAGGGAGGAGAGGCGGGAAAGAAGGAAGACAGCGCACCCACAACGAAAAAAAAGAGACAGAAAUCGACGGCAAUCGGCGACAUUGGAGUGCAAAAAGCUGAGAAUGACGACGCGGUGAAACAUGGAAUUGCCGGAGAAACAGAGAAGCAAGGCGUUGCGAAAGAAGGCGACAAACUCCGACACAAGUGUCAGCAGGAUGAGGCGAAGGCGUCGGGGAAUGUGGCAGCGAAUGAAGGCGGGAUGCCGCGACAGAAGUGUCGGGAGGAUGAGGCGAAGGCGUCGGGGAAUGUGGCUGCGAAUGAAGGCGGGAUGCCGCGACAGAAGUGUCGGGAGGAUGAGGCGAAGGCGUCGGGGAAUGUGGCAGCGAAUGAAGGCGGGAUGCCGCGACAGAAGUGUCGGGAGGAUGAGGCGAAGGCGUCGGGGAAUGUGGCAGCGAAUGAAGGCGGGAUGCCGCGACAGAAGUGUCGGGAGGAUGAGGCGAAGGCGUCGGGGAAUGUGGCAGCGAAUGAGGGCGGGAUGCCGCGACAGAAGUAUCGGGAGGAUGAGGCGGAGGCGUCGGGGAUUGUGGCAGCGAAUGAAGGCGGGAUGCCGCGACAGAAGUGUCGGGAGGAUGAGGCGGAGGCGUCGGGGAAUGUGGCUGCGAAUGAAGGCGGGAUGCCGCGACAGAAGUGUCGGGAGGAUGAGGCGAAGGCGUCGGGGAAUGUGGCUGCGAAUGAAGGCGGGAUGCGGCGACAAAAGUGUCGGGAGGAUGAGGCGAAGGCGUCGGGGAAUGUGGCAGCGAAUGAAGGCGGGAUGCCGCGACAGAAGUGUCGGGAGGAUGAGGCGAAGGCGUCGGGGAAUGUGGCAGCGAAUGAAGGCGGGAUGCCGCGACAGAAGUGUCGGGAGGAUGAGGCGGAGGCGUCGGGGAAUGUGGCAGCGAAUGAAGGCGGGAUGCCGCGACAGAAGUGUCGGGAGGAUGAGGCGAAGGCGUUGGGGAAUGUGGCAGCGAAUGAAGGCGGGAUGCCGCGACAAAAGUGUCGGGAGGAUGAGGCGAAGGCGUCGGGGAAUAUGGCUGCGAAUGAAGGCGGGAUGCCGCGACAGAAGUGUCGGGAGGAUGAGGCGAAGGCGUCGGGGAAUGUGGCUGCGAAUGAAGGCGGGAUGCGGCGACAGAAGUGUCGGGAGGAUGAGGCGAAGGCGUCGGGGAAUGUGGCUGCGAAUGAAGGCGGGAUGCCGCGACAGAAGUGUCGGGAGGAUGAGGCGAAGGCGUCGGGGAAUGUGGCAGCGAAUGAAGGCGGGAUGCCGCGACAGAAGUGUCGGGAGGAUGAGGCGGAGGCGUCGGGGAAUGUGGCUGCGAAUGAAGGCGGGAUGCCGCGACAGAAGUGUCGGGAGGAUGAGACGAAGGCGUCGGGGAGUGUGGCUGCGAAUGAAGGCGGGAUGCCGCGACAGAAGUGUCGGGAGGAUGAGGCGAAGGCGUCGGGGAGUGUGGCUGCGAAUGAAGGCGGGAUGCCGCGACAAAAGUGUCGGGAGGAUGAGGCGAAGGCGUCGGGGAAUGUGGCAGCGAAUGAAGGCGGGAUGCCGCGACAGAAGUGUCGGGAGGAUGAGGCGGAGGCGUCGGGGAAUGUGGCUGCGAAUGAAGGCGGGAUGCCGCGACAGAAGUGUCGGGAGGAUGAGGCGAAGGCGUCGGGGAGUGUGGCAGCGAAUGAAGGCGGGAUGCCGCGACAGAAGUGUCGGGAGGAUGAGGCGGAGGCGUCGGGGAAUGUGGCUGCGAAUGAAGGCGGGAUGCCGCGACAGAAGUGUCGGGAGGAUGAGGCGAAGGCGUCGGGGAAUGUGGCUGCGAAUGAAGGCGGGAUGCCGCGACAGAAGUGUCGGGAGGAUGAGGCGAAGGCGUCGGGGAAUGUGGCAGCGAAUGAAGGCGGGAUGCCGCGACAGAAGUGUCGGGAGGAUGAGGCGAAGGCGUCGGGGAAUGUGGCAGCGAAUGAAGGCGGGAUGCCGCGACAGAAGUGUCGGGAGGAUGAGGCGAAGGCGUCGGGGAAUGUGGCUGCGAAUGAAGGCGGGAUGCCGCGACAGAAGUGUCGGGAGGAUGAGGCGAAGGCGUCGGGGAGUGUGGCUGCGAAUGAAGGCGAGACUCUGGGGGUGGCGAGUCCGGUGGACCAUGCCAAGGAGGGUCAGAAGGCCAUGGAGGGAGAUUACCAACCCCGGCAGGCGAUUGUCGUUCGAAAUACCACGCAGGGAGGGGGGGAAGGGGACGGCGAUGCUGGGAAUCCGGCGGGAAACCAGAACCGGAAACCGUCACGCGGAGAAUGGAGUAGCAAUUUUCUAGGCGCCAAUCGUGAUGUCGCAGAAACAAAGGAGAGCUCGAUUCAGAAAGGUGGAAACGAGGAGAAUAAAGAGCCAGAGGACGAAGACGACUACGAGGCCGAGGUUGACAUUCUGUCUCAGGUCGAGGAGAUCUCGCGCAAAGAGCGCCACAGAGAGCGACGGGAAAUGUGGCUGCAUGAGGAGCUGGAAUCAGCGACGCAGGUGGCUUUGAGUCUUCGGAUCGCGUCCAUCACCAACCUCCAGACCUGCGGCUCCUACUCCCGCGGCGAGGGCCGGGCUCUGCCGAAGCGCGUGCGCGGCGGCGUGACCAACGCGCCGGGCGCCUACGGCCUCGCGCCGAGUUUCUCCAUCUGCGUCGUCGCCUGGCUUCCAGAGGAGGAUCCGCUGGAAGUUCUCGGGAUUUCCCAGGGCGUCUCGUGGUUGCCCGGAUGGGGGCUGCGUGUCUCCACUGCAGUUCACACGCGGCCGAGCGUGAAGUCUGGGGCGCUGGGGCUCGACGACGCCGACGUGCAGCAAGUAUUGACAGUUGCGCUCUCCGCGGAGGAGAGUUUGUGGCAUCAGCGGAUGCUGGCGCUCGAGAAGGGCGAGGCCGUCCCGGCGCUGCGGUCGGCUCCACACCGGAAUCGCUUCAACCUCCGGGAGACCUGCGGCUCGCCAACUUUCGAGCGCAAACUCGGCGUCGCCCUCGAACUCUCGCCCUUCGUCCUGCUUUCCGUCGUGCACAUCCACCAGCAACUCGCGCACGGGGCCACGCCUACCUGGAGCCCGGACAGGCCCGCAGAGCCGGGCAUCUCCACAGACAAUGAAGUGGGUGGCGGGCGGACAGUUGUGUAUCCCGCAACGCCUCCAGUGACCGUCGUUGGAACGGCGGUACUUCCGCUGGCGAAGCUGAAUCGAGAGAAAGGCGAGCAAGUUGACCGCCAUAGAAUUCUGCUCAUGGAUAUCAACGACGCACCGCCGGUCGCCGUGCAUGCAGACGGGCGACUCACGUAUCUUCAGGCCUGUCGGAUCUUCAGACAUGACGUCGUGCGCGAGAUGACGGCGCUGUACCGCGAGUCCCUGAAGAGGCUGGAGCCCGUCAGUCUUCUGAGGCUGCUCGAUUUGUUCGCGAGUCGCCUUUGUCCUGUCGGCGAAGUUUUUCUCACCAUGAACAACCUCGCGCCACUCAGUCAGCGCUUCCACUGCCUCCUUGGGCCGCGCUGGCGAGACAGCGUUGAGUUAGGCGACGACGCCAAGACGGCCUGCGACGACAGCGAGGCUGCGAGGGACUCUGAGCACUUCAGAAGCUACCCCGCCGCGAACGCAGUCUGGGUCGAAGUGCGAAGAGUAGUCAAUGUUCCCGUGAGCACACUUUCUUUCCGCGAGAUCUGCGACGCGGAGAUUUCAGUCGUAGCGCUGUGGGAAGGCGAGAAAGGGUGCGCAGAAAUCUUUCGCAGGAAGUCGCGCAAGAUUGAGGCGGCCAGCAAGUGCCGCGUUCAGCCGCUGAGAUUCUCCGCCAUCGAACGCAUUUCGCGGGAGGAGGACUCGUUGCUUUCCUGCUACGUCGGCGGGCAGGUCUGCCUGCCGGUUUACCCGGGCCUCGACCCCGUGCUCACGCUGUAUCUCUGCCUCAACGGUCAGCCUUACGCGACGCUGCAGACGCCGCUGAACUUGGGCGCGUACUCGCCCGCGAAGCCCGUGCCGGCAGUCGAUCGCUGCAAGAGUGCAGCGGGCAGGGGUGGCGACCCGCGGCACGCCUUGCGCCGCUGGCAUGCCACCGCGCGGACGGCGCCGCGCCGAGACGCCGAGAAGAAGGACGACGCGGAGGACGAGAAGGACGCGAUCCCCGACUGGCACGGUGACGAUGCCGCGAAGGAGACGCUGCUGCCCUCGAGGCUUAGCGCCCACGAUCGCGGCCUGCUCCUUUUCAAGUCCUACCGGCUCGCCAGCUACCGGGACGAACGCGACGACGACGACUACGUCUUCUUGUCCAACGUGCACUUUGGCCAGAUCGAGCUGCGCAUGUUUCCGUCCCCUGCGGACGGCCUGUUCAUGACCGCGUCAGAGUUCUCGCUCCUCAGCAUCAAAGGCCGCCUCGCCUCUGCCGAGUACGCAGGGUCCUGGCAAAACUGCGCGAAUCAGUUCGGCGGGCCCAUGCUGGGGCCCUUCGGUCAGUGGACGGCGUUCGGCGACGACUUCGAGCCGCGCGCUGCUGCGUCCUCGGAGUCUUCGACGCCUCUGGAGACGGAGGGGGACGCCGACUCGGCGGCGCAGGGGGGCGCGCGUUCACUCGCUGCGCGCGGCUCGCGCCCGAUCUCUGCGUUUUUCAGUCCGGCGCCGGUUCAUCUGCAGCCGACGCCAGACGCGGUCUGGAGCUCCGCAGCGGCCCCCGAGCUCGCGCUGGAGGCUUCGCCGGACGACUCGCCGACGACGCCUUUGCCGCUCGCGCCGCCGUCGCUGGUCGCCCCCGUGACUUCGCCGCGCGGCCGCGGUCCGGUCGCCGCCGCGCAGUGCGUGGCGCUUGGCGCGGGUUUGUCUGUGGGACAGGCUGGGGCGUGGAACGUCUUCGAGGUGAAGCUGAAGAACGCGCGCGGCGAGAGCGUCGUGGGCGCAGACGGCGAGCUCUCGCUGCGCUUUGCGCCGCUCGGCGAGCCGUCGGUCUCCUUCGCUGCGGACUCGUCCGCGCGACCCGCGGAGCGCCAGGGCGGCGGCAACGUGGCCGCGAAUCUGCGCACGUGCAGUGCGCCGGAGUGGGGAGUCGAGAAGAAGGACGGCGAGGCGAUUUGCACGGUCAAGUACCGCCACGCGCGGACGGGCUACCUGCUCAUGUACGUCACUUACGACGGCCUGGAAAUCUCAGGCUCGCCGUUUGAAAUCCACAUCGUCAGCGGAAAGGCUGCGCCGGGCGCCUGCCGCGUCUCGGGCCUCGCCGCGAAGAUCUGCUUCGCCUCGCCCUCUCCUCACCUCGAACUGCCCUUCAUCAACGUCGACGACGCGCUUCGCCUCCAACGCCAGCAGCGCCUCGAGGAGGGCUGGAAGCGCAGCGCACGCGGGGCAAAGGACCCAAACGUCGAACUGAACAGUUACAUCAACCAGCUUACCGUCGUUGUCUGCGACGAACUCGGCAACUGCAUGCGCACGGGCGGGCACUGCGUGACGGCGCGAGGCGCACAGGGCGCGAAGAUUCUGCAGGUCCUCGACGAAGGCAACGGCAGUUACCGCAUCGACUACGUCGUUUACCUCCCGAAGCAGCUCCUCCAGCAGGUGGAUCUCGAAACGCUCGAGAAACUCGACAAACGCGCCUGGACGACUCUCCACGAAGCCGACGUGGCGGUCCCCGGGCUGGUCGAGGAAUACGAGGCGCUUAGGGCUCUGGAGCUGCCUAUCUUUACCGAGGCUCUCAUUGAAGUGCUGCUGAACGAGAAGCCCAUCUUCGGUUGCCCCUUCAAGGCGCGCGUGUGCAACUUCGCCGAAGUCUACAACGCCUACAGAGAAAUUGACAGCCACUCUCUGCUCGGUGGUCAGGUUUCGCGCUUCGAGCGGCUGCUGAACGAGGGAGAGUACGCCGAGGCCGCUGACUUGCUGUGGGCUGUGGAGAGCGCAACCGACGAGAAGGAGCUCAAGGCGGAGAUCGUGCGGGUGUUGGAGACGCUCGUACAGCGGCAGCUCGAGCUUGAAGACGCGAAGCGCCGCGAGCGCGCCGGCGCGCGUCUAGACGCCCUCGUUGGCGAGACAUCCAAGGAAAGGGAGCAAAAACGCCGAGCGGAAAUUCAACAGAUCCGCGGGCAGUGGGAAGACAUUCAACUGCUCAGGGAGUUGUUGGGGCGGCUGACGAAGAACUGCUCGGAGCGCGAGUCGUUGAUCCAGCACUUCACGUUCGCGAUGAUGGAGCGCCUUCACCAGACGCAAGCGGGAAACCUGCGCAUCAUGGCUGAGCAUCAUAACCUGCAGCGACUCGAGCAGGAAAACUUGAUUCCGCUCGCGCAAAUCAUGCAGAGUCAAUACGUCACGAUGUUCAGACAGAUGACAAAGGAGCUCGUCCGCCUGGUCCGCGGCGUCGAGACCAAGCAGUUUGUCAACCUCGAAAACCUCCUUCAGACCUACAGACGCAUCGGAGAUCAGCUGCGGCGACUGCACCGCUACCACCUGGCGAGCGUCUUGGAUGAAAUCAACGACUGCGUGGUUGAGGAGAUCGAGCUCCAGCGCCUUGCACACAUUGCCCGCGCGAAGGAAGAAAAGAUUUUCGCGAUUGAACAGGAGAUUGCGGCAAAGGAAAAGGCGCUCGAAGACGAAAAACAGAAACACCAGGAGGCGCUCAAGGACGUCAAGCCCCUCAACAUGACCGAGGUCUACGAACUCUCCACAACCAAGCGGCAAGCUGGCGUUCAGACCGAAGAUGCUCUGUCGCUUCGUCAAGGAAUCUUCGGGCCGCUCAUUGUGGCGCGCGCGACGGAGCAGCAUGUGCCGAAGAGCUCUGAGGUCGUCGCAGCCGUCAAGAAAGUCUGGAAAUCCUGCAACGUCUACGACAUCCACACAACCAUCAAGCGUCUCCUCAAGAGCUGCCCCCGGCUGAAGCACUGCAUCGAAGAAGUCUUUCUUCACUACGCGAAAGUCUCGACAGCCCACGUGCGCGACCUGCGAGUCGAAGGCCUUCCUGUGGGCCUUCCGCGGCCUUCGUUUUUCCGCUUCUGCAACGACGCCCGGCUAGACCGGGAUCUCCUCGCCGACCCAACACAGCUCCAAGAUCUCUUCGACAAAUUCAGCAUCGAGCCCGACACCGGCCGCAUCCACGCCGACGGUUUCCUGCGCGUCGUCCCGCUUUUCCUCUGGCUCCCGUGCCUCAGGGAACUCGCCUACCUGGACUUACUUCACGCGCUUUGUCGAGAGAAUUUGGAGGAGAAUCGCAAUCCUCAGUCGGCGCUGCGUCGGGAGCAUCCUUCGCGCGUGACGGCGUUUCACUACUUCUGCCGGGCGCACUUCCUGCCGCUGUAUCAGAUGCUAUACAACAGCGACGACUUCCGCAUUUCUUCGCGGGCCUUCAUGGACGCGGAGUUGUCGGGACGGGCGGCGACGGCAGCGGGGCGCGUGCGUGUGCAGAAGAAGUGGAAUUUGCUGGCGUACUCGCGCGAGAAACUGCCAUACGACGUCUUCAGCAUGCUCUCGCUCGAGCCGAUGGAGCACCUUUUUGUCUUUUACAGCGAACUCUCGAUGAAGCCUGCGCUCGCCCGCUCUCGAGACGCCCCCCUCUUUCCGACCGCAGCGAGCGGCAGCAAGCAAUCGCGAAAGACCUACGACGAGAGCGCCGGCGCAGGCCAAGACUGUCUGGGGCCGGCGACGCGCCAGGAGUCCGCCGGCAUCAGGAUCUUCGCCUCGCAGGCCUCAGUCGAGGAGACAUCCGGCGCGGAGCAUGCGUCCGAGAGCGCGUGGGUCUCGCUCGGCGUGUUCAUUCAAAUGUGGCGCGAGCUCUCCGUGAUUCCCGGCUUCAUCGACGUCGACACCGCCCUCCGCAUCGCGCAAGUCACCCUAGGCAACGCCAAGGCCGCGCGCGGAGAGGACGCGGAGGGAUCCGAGGAGACGAGCUCCUCAGACGAAGAGGAAAACGAGACAGUGGGCUUCCGGCGCCUGCUCUCCAUGCCCGAAAUACCGCACGACGCGGGCUCAGGGAAACACCGGGCGGGCAAACCCGCGCGAAAAGCGGAAAAAGGGCGUCUCCACUUCCCGAAUUUCGUCGAGGCGCUGGUGAACAUCCUCUGCGAGUGCACUGCCCGCUCCAUAAUUCACGACGGCGACCCCUCGGUCUCCCCCAUGGCCUUGGAAGCGACUGCGGAGGAGGUGAAGAAGAAGGCCUUUUCGCUCGUUCAUCUUUUAGGAAUCAACGACGUCUCGCGCAUCCUCCUGUUGACCAAGCGCCCGCUACGAGAGAGCCCGAAUAUCCAAGAGAGCUGGGCUGGACACGGAGGCGAGGACAAACGCAAGGGUUGGGGUGCCGCACGCGGCGUGCUUCUCGCGCAGAUGCUCGGAAAGAAGAAAUAG